UGAAGGUUUGGGACUACAAAACCCCCUUUGAAUCUGCUGUCGGCUUCGCUCGUCACUUUCAUCAUUUCUAGGUUUUUUUUUCAAUCUGAAAUGGCGAAUCUUAUGCACCGAUUUCUCAGGAAUCAAUCCUGUUUAAGAGCGAUUCCGAGGCUCACUCCCAGCCUUAUACCACAUCAGAAGCCUUGCAUCGUCGAGUCUGUAUCUGAAGAGUCCGAUCCAGUUUCUCUUGCUAAUCCCGUGAUUACGGUCUCUGCUUUUAAACCCGAUGAACCUCUGCGGUUUUACCCUAGUUUUCCAAUCGGGUACGGAUUUAACCCGACUAUGGUUCAUGGUGCGGGUCUAAUCGAUAUCGUGCCGUUCACGGAGGCGGUGGUGGAGGAGGAGGUGGUGAUUUACGCUGAUAGUGUGAAGAAGAAGAGGAAGAAGAAGAUGAACAAGCAUAAGUACAGGAAACUCAGGAAGACUCAAGGUCGCAAAUCUUAAGAGCUUCUUUGCUCGCUCGAUUCCUUCUUUUCUGGAAACAUAUUUGUUUUGAAUUAGAUCGAUAAUGUUACAAAAUAUCGUUGAAUCUGUUUCUGCAUUUCCCGUUAAAGUUCACCGAUUUCCACACAGUUGCAAUGUUUGUUCUAUGUUGUAGCUUCAACGAUUUGAAUCUUCAGGACUUGUAAUUGUGUUUCAAAGUUGGUUGCCAUUAGCCAAGUGAGUUUGCUUGCUUCAAAGUUCGUGUCUUUUUUUUUUUUUCUUCUUGUACUGGUUUCUUCUGGAGGUCUUUCCCUAAUCAGAAACCCUGAGAUUUAUAUAGCUCUUUAGUUUGUGAUUGUA